AUGGCAACCGAUACCGAGACGCUCUCUCUCCCGACCACCACGGCCCCGACAGAGGUCGCUGCGUCAACAUGUCUGCCUCAAGACGAGCAUCAGUUCCGUGGAACCAAGCGCGAAUGGUGUACCGAUGAGUGGGACACGAGCAUCACCGCAACCUUUGGCUUUCCCGCCAAGCUAGGCGGCCCGAGCAACUCCGCGACGAGCCCUCAGCACCAGACACAGCAGCCUCAGCAGGAUCAAGGAGGCGAUGCCACGGUGACGGGCAAGAGCGUAGAGGAAGCUUGCAAGCGUUCGCUAGAGCACUUUCCCUGUCCGAGCGUCUCCUUCGCCAUGCCUACUCUCGAGUUUGACUUUCGCAUCGCCGUCGCACUCAAUCCGGAGCCCUCCAGAAUUGAGAACCGUGUCCAAAAGGAGAUCACCACCAUCAAGGGAGGCAGGUGGUCCGGAUCAUUUGGCAACGGUCGAGUCAUGGCCGGCGGAUAUGAUCUCGGGCAGGCACGGGGCUUUCGUCCGAUUCGCAUUGUUGAGGGCGCAUUUGUCCUGCAGACUACUGACCAACCUCCGGCCAUGCUGGAGAUGCGUACGCGAGGGUCGCUGUCGGGUCCAUGUGACGUACUCGAUACCCUGCUCAGCGCCCGGGAAUCAAAGGAGAACAUUGAUCCCCGUCAAUACGGCUUUCGGACCUUUGCCACGGUCAAAACAGCAGACAAGCGCUAUGCCGAGUUCGUCAACUGUGGGCUCUGGGUCGCCAGUGGUGUGUGGCGAGGUGAAGAGCUCAUUAUCGAGUGA